GGUCUCUAGAGAGACCUUUCACGACGGCCUUGUUGUUCUCCGCGAAGGAGCACUCCGAGACGACCACUACCCAAACGCUGGUUUCCUGGCAGACAUUCAGCGCAUCUGGGAGGCCUUCUUGAUCCUGCUUCGGGCUAGAGAAUCUGUGGUCCGGUCAAUUGAAUGUUGCGUGCUCCCCUAGCUCGCGCGCCAGAUCUGUUAGCUUUUUAACUGUUGCUCCGCAGGAUCAGGGGCUUUAGAUGUAUAUAACGGCGCAGAGUUUAUGGCAACCAUGUCUGGGAACAAACAGCAACGUGGAAUGUCCAGUUCUCCUUACCCUAAUCUCUGACCUACGAAGCGAGAGCCCAGCGGCUGAUGGCGCCGAUGAUGCUGCACCAGCAGGCGAUAAACAGGCGAUUCAACCCUGGUACCGCGGGCAUCUUUGCGGCGGCGAGUCCCCUGUCUCGUCUUCGUCCGAGGACCCCAUUGCCCCAGUUCGGCGCCGUCGUCGCGUCGUGGCCGCGUCCGAGCCGUCCUCCUCUGAGGACGAGGGCCCCGCUCUGGCGUCCCUCAAUAGCCUCUCCAUUGGCAACCAUGCCGCGUGCCACCAGUGCUGCCCCCGACGACAGCUUCUCUCGUGCCGCCAUUUCGCCCGGGGCGAGCCUCCUGCGUGCCGGUGGCUCCCUCAGCCCUGCGCCGCCCUCGGGGUUCUUCCUCGGCUGUCUUCCCCUCCUGCCGGCGCCGAGCCCGUGCCCUCUGCCCCUUGUCAGAGGUGCCUGAAGGACGCCCUCCGCCAGAGCCAGGUGUGCGCCUGCGUACGGGACGCCGCCUACCGCAAGUACAAACGUUGCCAGCGGCUCAAGAAGAAGUCCUCCGGGUCCCGCUGCAGGUUCGCCGUCGGGCCGCCACUUGGGCCGCGACGGCGCCUGCGGACCGGGACUCGGAGGGUGUCGAGGGUUUUAUCGCCGAGUUAGAAGCCAUUACCUCCUAUCUGGAGGAGAAUGAGGUUGUGCAUGUCAUGCGAUCGCUUAACCGCAACGUCUUCCGGCUUCUUGGGGUCAUGUCCACCAUGGCCGGGGUGCCUGCUCCUGUCCCUGACGAGGAGGAGAUUGAGGUGGAGAUCUUUGAGGGUGAGGUGGCUUGAUUAUCAUGUAUCUAGUUGGCUCGAGCAAAUAACCACUGCCGCUGGCACGGCGGGUCCCCUGCGAGACGAUGUCAACCUCGUGGGAAAACGGAGGAAGGUUCACGCUGCAAGUGGCAAAAUUCAGACUCAAUUACAAUAACGCUGCUGCGUCUGAGUUCGCUUAUCAGAUCCCGGUGCUGAUGCACGCCUGUGGCCCAGGGACAUGGAUAUGUGGCCUGUGCGGCAGCUCUCCAGUUCUACAUGAGCGAA